AUGUCUUACAAAAAGAAAACAACAACUGCAAAAGAGUGUCAUAUACCACCUCAAACACCUCACCAACUUUUUAUUGCAGAAAUUACACAAAAACAAAAAGAGAUGGGAAUCAUCAAAGAAGAAAAAAGCUGUGAAAUUCCAAUUGAAAAGAAAGGAUUUAAGAAGGAAGAAAUCUUUGAAGAAAAACAAUUAAAACCAAAGGAAAAACCAGAUAAAAGAAGUUUACCACGUUCACACAUAGAAUUAUUGAAAGAAAUAAAUAAAAGUCUCCCUUCUAAAGAUCAAAUAUCAGACCCUAAAGUAAAAAGAAAAAGAUCAGAACCUGAUGCUGUUUCACUUAAAGCUGAUUUAAAAAAAUCUACACCUAUUCAAUACUCAGAACAAUUUCAUACUUCAACAACUUGGCAAUCUCCUGUACAUACUCCUAAGGGUCGUCCUAUUUCUAUUAUCUCCUCUCCUUUAUCUCUUCCUUCAACACCAAUUGCUGAUAAAGGAAUAGUUACGGAUAAACAAAGUCCUUCUUUUGCUUCAAGACAACUUAGUAAACGUCAAUGUAUGACACAAUCCUUUAUGGAAGAGCCAAAGUAUGAUGAACAAUUCUCUCUAUUAGGAAAGAUUGAACAACUCGAAAGUAUUCUUCGUAAGUUAAAAGAAGUUUCUUCUAAACAACAACAAACAAUCGAAAUUUUAAAAAAACAAUUGUCUUUGUCACAAUAA